AUGAGUGAUAACGCAUAUCAACUUCAAGCUCCUAGAUUUAUAACGCAGCCUUCUUUUUCUGGAAACAUAGUUCCCGAGGGAAGGAUAAAAAUUUUACAAUGUCAAGCUCGUGGUUUUCCACAACCGGAAUACAAAUGGCUCAAAGAUGGUUUGUCCAUAAGUGAUUUUUCAUCGGAAUUAUUUUACCGGAUACACGGGAUCAAAAGGGAAGAUGCGGGAAGUUAUCAGUGCAUAGCGAAAAAUGACGUCGGUUCAAUAUUCAGUCAAAAAAGUGACGUCAGCGUUGCCUAUAUGGGAGGUUUUGAAGAUUUAACGGAGAGAACAAUGAGCGUCGAGUCUGGCGAGGCAGCCAUUUUGAAUCUUCCACAAAUCGAAAGUCAUCCACAACCUUCUGUCAUAUGGAAAUCGGAUUCCGGGAGUUUGCCUUACGAUCGAAAAUUUGCCGUGACUACGGAUCAUCGUCUCGUCAUACUUUCAACAUCUUCGGAAGAUCAAAAAUCUUAUCGAGCUCACGUCACGAAUACGCAAUUGGGAAAAGAAGAAAUGAGUGGAUUUAUAAGACUUUUAGUGACCGGAGAUGAUAAUAGAGAAAUAGCACCGGAAAUAAUAAUAAAACCACAAAAUUUGACUAUUGUUAAGGGUAUAUCGUACACGUUUACCGAUCCUUGGAACAAAACCUUAUCUUUACUAUCGGUCAAUUUAACCCACACUGGAAAAUACACAUGCCAAGUUCGGCUGAGAACUGGAGGUUUUCCAACCGUGACCUCCUCCGCAAACGUCGUUGUUUACGAAAAACCUUCUUUUGCUUCGAAUAUGAAAACGGAAACACUCGGAGAAUACGGAUCGCCCAUCACGCUACCGUGCGAAGCCGUUGGCAUACCCGUACCUAAAAUAACGUGGUAUAGAAAUUCGGAAAAAUUAAAUAUUCUCCCCAACGGUGGUCAGCAGUACACUCUUCAAGAAGAUGGUUCUUUGCUCAUUAAAAAGUUGAGAAUGGAAGAUACGGGAAUGUUUCAAUGUCUCGCAUCGAACGAAGCUGGAGAAGAUUCCGCGUACACGUGGUUAAAAGUAAAAACUGCUGCUCCUGUCAUGGAAAAUCCUCCGGUAAACGUAACAAUAUUGGAUGGAAAAGAUGCCAUCAUGUCUUGCGGUGCCGUCGGAGCUCCAACUCCGAACGUUACGUGGUAUUACAGGGAUUUAGAUCAAGUCGAACCAUCCGGUCGAAUACAAAUAUUAGAAUCUGGAGAUCUUUUAAUAGCCGAUACGAGAGAAUUCGAUGCUGGAAAAUAUACGUGCGUUCGUAUGAACGAAGCAGGUUCAGUUCAAGCUUCCGCUUAUUUGGGAAUUCUAGUCAGAACACAAAUAAUUCAACCUCCCGUGGAUACCAGAGUACUUCUUGGUCACACGGCUACUCUUCAAUGUAAAGUAUCCGGAGAUCCUUCCGUGCCUUACAACAUAACGUGGUAUCACAACGAGGAAAAAAUUGUCGAAGGGAGCAGUUCUCGAAUAUUCACUCAUCCAGAUGGCACACUUGAAAUUCAAGCUGUUCGUGCUUCCGACGUCGGAGAAUAUUCUUGUUCUUUGCGGUCGCCCGGCGGUAACGAGACUAGAAACGGAAAAUUAAACGUUAUUGAAUUGCCCUUUGCUCCUCUCAAUGUAAAAGCCGAACGGUUUCCGUCGGUAUCUCAAAGAGCGGUAAACGUUAGCUGGACUCCAGGUUUCGACGGUAACAGUGCUAUAGUUAAAUACAUUAUCCAAAAGAGAGAAGUUUCCGAUUUGGGUUCGGAAAUUUUCAUGAAUUGGGUCACGGAACUGAGUAACGUGUCUGCAGACCAAAAAUGGGUUUUGCUGACAAAUUUAAAAGCGGCAUCAUCCUACCAUUUCCGCGUGUCUGCGGUUAAUAGCGUUGGCGAAGGUUCUCCCUCAGAACCCAGUAAUCUCGUAAUUCUUCCGCAAGAAGCGCCAUCGGGUCCUCCUUUGGGGUUCGUCGGCUCUGCGAGAUCUUCUUCGGAAAUUAUCGUACAAUGGCAGCCUCCCCUCGAAGAACAUCGUAACGGUCACAUAUUAGGUUACAUCAUUCGUUUUCGAUUAUUCGGUUACAACGAGAGCCCGUGGACCGUGAGAAAUAUAACAAAUGAAGCUCAAAAAAAUUACCUUAUACCUGAUUUGAUUACGUGGAAAGAUUACGUCGUUCAAAUAGCUGCUUACAAUAAUAAAGGAGUUGGAAUAUUUACCGACGGUAUUAAAAUAAAAACACGAGAAGGAAUUCCCGAAGCACCUCCUGCACAAGUUCGCGUCGUGGCCGUUAAUUCCACUGCCAUCAAAGUUUGGUGGAAACCUCCUAAUCCGCAAAAAAUAAAUGGAAUCAAUCAAGGAUACAAAUUGCAAGCUUGGAAAGAUUCGGUUGAAUAUAAAUCCAUGACGGUACCUCCGAGCCUGUUUGAUCCUUUGGCCGAACAAAAUGCUAUAAUGAACGGUUUAGAAAAAUUUACGGAAUACAACAUUACGGUCCUGUGUUUUACGGAUCCCGGGGAUGGGAAAAAAAGCACUCCCGUGUACAUAAAAACUAAAGAGGAUGUGCCCGAAGAAGUGUCAAGUUUACAAUUUAAUGAUAUAAGCGAUCGUUCCGUACGAGUGGUUUGGUCUCCUCCAAGUAAAAGUAAUGGUAUCCUCCGUGGUUUCAAUUUAAUUUACAUGAUAAAAGAUAAACCUGAAACAACCAAGGUUUUAAAUUUUUCAUCCGAAACCCACAGCGUUCGAGUGGAGCAUUUACAAGCCACCACGCAUUACAGGUUUGAAGUUUCUGCUUGGACAUCCGUCGGAUCGGGACCUUCUAAAGUCGCAACAAUACAAUCGGGUGUCGAACCCGUUCUUCCAACUCCUCCGACACGUUUAGCCGUGACCAAUAUUGAAGCGUUUUCCGUCGUUCUUCAGUUCACUCCCGGCUUCGAUGGAAAUUCUUCGAUUACCAAGUGGAUUGUAGAAGGUCAAACAGCAAGAAAUUUAUCUUGGUUCAACGUUUUCGAAGUUUCCGAUCCCGACGCAAGUACCAUCACCGUGACUGAUCUUGUUCCUUUCACAACUUAUAGACUAAGACUUAUAGCGAAAAAUGUCGUCGGUACGUCUGAACCGUCGGAACCCACUAAAGAAUUUCAAACGAUACAAGCACCUCCAGCUCAUCCACCGCGAAAUGUAACAGUGAGGGCGAUGAGUGCCACGGAAUUAAGAGUUAGAUGGAUUCCACUUCAACAAAUUGAAUGGUUCGGAAAUCCUCGGGGUUACAAUAUUACUUUCACCGAAAUUAAUUCAUCGAAUCAGAGAAGUGUCAUUAUUGAAGAUCACACGGCAAAUUCUCACAUAUUAGAGCAUUUGGAAGAAUUUGCUCUGUACGAAAUAACAAUGUCUUCUUUUAAUGACGUUGGAAAUUCCGAGCGUAGUCCGCCGGCUAUCGAGCGUACGAGGGAAUCUGUGCCAUCGUUUGGUCCUAUGAAUGUUGAAGCUAACGCUACGUCAUCGACUACGAUUGUCGUCAAGUGGGGAGAAGUUCCUAAAGAACAUCAAAAUGGUAUCAUCGAAGGAUUUAAAGUUUACUAUGCUGCAAACGCUCGAGCGCCGUUUCUUUUUAAAAACAUACCAAGCAAUUCAACGUUCACAACCACUCUUACGGAAUUGAAAAAAUUUGUGGUAUACCACGUUCAAGUGAUGGCUUAUACCAGAUUAGGAGAUGGCACUCUGAGUACGCCUCCUCUUAGAGUACAAACUUUUGAAGAUGUUCCUGGACCGCCAUCGAAUGUAUCAUUUCCCGACGUGUCGUUUACAACUGCUAGAAUAAUAUGGGAUGAGCCCUACGAUCGAAAUGGCGAAAUAUUAGCGUACCGAAUCAAUUAUCAUUUGGAUUCAUUCACGAAUAAUAAUUUUUCACGGGAAUUCCCACCGUCACGAAGAACAUUUACGGCCACCGGUCUAGAUGCGGAACAGUAUUAUUUGUUUUCCGUAGCUGCUCAAACCAGGUUGGGCUGGGGUAAAACCGCGUACGCUCUAGUUUUUACGACUAAUAAUAGAGAAACGCCACAACCGCCAUCCAUGCCGCAAAUCAGUAGAAGUCAAGUACAAAGUGAAACUCUCACCUUUAGUUGGACUCCUGGACGUGAUGGAUUUGCUCCGUUAAGGUACUAUACUGUUCAGCAAAUGGAAGGUAACGGUCCUUGGUUAACAGUGCCGGAAAGAGUAGAUCCACAAUUCACUUCUUACACGGUCGUCGGUUUAAAACCGUUCACGACGUACAGAUUUAGAAUUCAAGCAACGAACGAUAUUGGACCGAGCGGAUGGAGUCCUGAAUCAACCGAAAUAAGAACGUUGCCCGCAGCUCCAAGUAAAGGUAUCAGUAAUUUGAGAGUCGUCCCAAUCACAACCACCAGUGUCCGCGUUCAUUGGACUCCGAUCGAAGAAAUGUAUUGGAGUGGAGAUGAAGAGACUGGUGGCUAUAGAAUCAUAUACCAGCCCGAAUCUGAUUUUUUAACUGCUUUAAAAGCUACUCCAAAGGAGGACAUCCUCGGUAUAAAGAACGAUAAAGUAGUUCUUACUGAUUUGACGAGAGACAAAAACUACGAAAUUAUCGUCGUGCCUUUCAAUUCUCAAGGAGAUGGACCGCCGAGUCCUCCUGUAACGGUUUAUGUGGGUGAAGCCGUUCCCACCGGCGAGCCGCGAAAUUUAGAAUGCGAACCUGUUUCGUCGACUGAAGUUCGCUUAAAAUGGAUUCCGCCCAUACAAAGUCAACAAAAUGGAGACCUCCUCGGCUAUAAGAUUUUUUAUCUCGUCACUAACUCUCCCCAAGAAAUAGACAGGAAAACUGAAGAAGAGAUCGAAGUCGUUCCAGCCACUUACAAUUCGCACAGUCUCGUAUUUUUAGACAAAUUUACCGAGUACAGAAUACAAAUGCUCGCUUUCAAUCCUGCUGGAGACGGACCCAGAUCGGCUCCCGUAACGGUUAAAACUUUACAAGGAUUGCCUGGACCUCCCAUAGAUUUGGCAUUUUCCGAAAUAACCAUGAGUAGUUUGAGAGUGUCGUGGAAUCCUCCCAAAAAAAGAAACGGAGAAAUCAUUGGUUACAUUGUUACGUACGAAACGGCAGAGCAAAACGACAAAUUUAGCAAACAGGUUAAGCAAAAAGUUACCGAUACCAACUUAUCGGUGCAAACGUUAGAAGAAGAAGUCACGUACACGUUUACAGUCCGUGCACAAACUUUAGACUACGGACCACCUGUGGUGGGAAACGUCACGACGGGACCUCAAGAAGGUUCUCCGGUAAAACCGAAAGAUUUGCAACUGGGUAAAACGGUUUCGAGCAUAGAUUUACACUGGGCCAACGGUCCCUCCGGUAAAGGCCCCAUAUUGGGGUAUUACAUUCAAAGUAAACGUAAAGAUGACACUCGGUGGCAAACGGUCACGCGAACGAACAACGGUCCACUCCAAGAUUUCACCAUCUCCUAUCAAAAUCUCCUACCGUCCACUUCGUACAAUUUCAGAGUCAUAUCGUAUAAUAAAUACGGAAUCAGUUAUCCGGCUUAUUCCGAUGAUGUGAUUUUAACUCCGUCCAAAUUGUACCUCGAAUACGGUUAUUUGCAACAGAAACCUUUUUACCGUCAGACUUGGUUCAUGGUUGCAUUGGCAGCCUCUUCCAUUAUUAUCAUCAUAAUGGUCAUAGCUGUUCUCUGUGUGAAAAGUAAAACGUACAAAUAUAAACAAGAAGCUCAGAAAACUCUAGAAGAAUCCAUGGCCAUGGAUAUGGACGACAGACAAGAGUUGGCGGCGGAACUUUACAGGACGAGACACACCGGAAACGUUGGAACUCUCGGUAAGCGUGGAACGUUAGCGAGGAAAUCCAUGUUGGGACCGCCGCAAGUCAUGGUCGGAAAAUCUCCUCCCCGUCCGUCUCCCGCCUCGGUCGCGUAUCAUUCCGACGAGGAAAGUCUCAAGGGAUACGAUGAAAAUCCCGACGACAGCAGCGUGACGGAAAAACCCUCGGAAUUGAGUUCGACCGACUCUCAAUCGGAUACGGAAAAUGAAAGCGUUCGUUCGGAUCCUCAUUCUUUCGUCAAUCACUACGCGAACGUGAACGAUUCCCUGAGACAAUCGUGGAAAAGACAGAAACCCGUUCGUAAUUAUUCGAGUUAUACGGAUUCGGAACCUGAGGGAAGCGCUGUCGUGAGUUUAAACGGUGGUCAAAUAAUAAUGAACAACAUGGCGAGAUCACGUGCUCCAUUACCCGGAUUUUCUUCGUUCAUAUAG